UCCCCUUUUGUUUUUUCUUUGUGAGUGUCUUGUGUGAGUUGUAAGGUGUCUUAAAUUGCUAUAGGGUAGUCUAUAUAUGUGUGUGUUUUGCACUAUGCUGUCAACAAUAUAUAAAGGGUUCAUAUUCCUAGUAAAUGGUUCAUUAUUUGUAAUUAUGUUGAUCUCUGAAAACUUUAAAUUUAGAUUAACAGUUGGUUUGUGCCCGUGAAGUAGCUGUACAGUUAUUGGAAGCCUAGAUAAAUUUGUUCUUCUACCUGAACGUAGCAACAUCUCUAAUUGUGUUAUCUUUCUUUCUAGACAUGGGAGGAAUCUUCUCUUCUCAACGUGGGAGGAAGUUCCUUCUUGAUUAUAUGCCUUCACAAGGUGACUCGGGGAGUAUUGAACUUUUGAUUAUUUGUUUCCUCGUGAAUGUGAAUGAUGUCAUCCUUUAUCAGCGUGAGCUCUAAAAGGCACGGGUGUGCCAAAAAAUCUAUGAUGGAAAUUUUUUUUGAAAACCAAUACAACCACAUGACAAGAAUGGUUCGAUUAAGUUUUGGAUUUAUUUGAUUAAAAGUUAAAUAAAAUUGAUUUUAAAUG